AUGAAUGGGGGCACGGAGGUCUUGCAUGGAGCCAGGCCUCACCUGUUGGGGGUGACCUUAUCUUGCAGGAACGGGGAAGAGUGGCGCUCCGACCGGCUCAUCCUCAACAAGGAAGUGAUCAGCCCUGCCGGCACCCGCAAGUUCCUGCCCUUCCUGAACACGGUGGCUGAGGACUUUGUGGCCUUCAUGCACCGGCAGGUCCGGAAGAACAGCCGAGGGUCUCUGACCGUUGAUCUCUACCACGACCUCUUCCGCUUCACGCUGGAAGCCAGCAGCUACGCCUUGUAUGGGGAGCGCCUGGGCCUCCUGGAAGAAAGUCCCAAGCCCGAGUCCCAGGAGUUCAUCAGCGCCGUGGAGACCAUGCUGCAGACCACGCUGCCUCUGCUCUUCACCCCCCCAGGCGUGAUGCGUUGGGUGAACAACCGGCUCUGGCAGGAGCACCUGAAGGCCUGGGACACCAUCUUCAACCAUGCUGACAAAUGCAUCCAGAACAUCUACCAGGAGUUUUGCCUGGGGAAACCUCGCAAGUAUUCGGGCAUCAUGGCAGAACUGCUGGUCCAGGCCGAGCUGCCUCUCGACUCCAUCAAGGCCAACGUCACCGAGUUAACAGCCGGGGGUGUGGACACAGUGAGUGCGCCUCUGGGACACACCGGUUAUCCCCAAGGGGGGGGAACAAGGAUGCUGAGACAUGGGCUGCGGGGGAGCAGAGGGGAAGCAGCAGCCAGUCUUUUCUCCGCCCUCUCUUCCAGGCUCUACCCGGUGGGCAUCACCAUCCAGCGCUAUCCUCUGCGAGACGUGGUGCUCCAGAAUUAUUGUGUGCCGGCCGGUACUCUCUGCCAGGUGGCGCUGUACUCCAUGGGACGGAGCCCGGCGGUGUUCAAGGACCCCGAGCAGUACCAGCCCUCCCGCUGGCUGGGCAAGGAGGACAACAGCUUCAAGGCCCUGGCCUUCGGCUUCGGCUCUCGCCAGUGCAUCGGCCGGAGGCUGGCAGAGGCCGAAAUGACCCUCUUCCUCAUGCACAUCUUGAAGAACUUCAAGAUUGACACCGUCUCCAAGGAAGACCUCCACACCAUCUACAGCUUCAUCCUGAAGCCGGAGAAGCCGCCCAGGCUCACCUUCCGCCCCAUUGACUAG